AAAAAAAAAAAAAGAUGAAUAAAAUAGUUUCGUUUUUAUUCGGCUGGAUCGACUUGUUUAUUCAUAUUUAUAUUCAUAUUACCGCAACUAUCAAUGCAGUCAUCUUUGUUGCAAACAAAAGCAAAGGUAUCACAGCAGAAGAAUUAAUACUGGAAAGACGUCGUACAAAAGCAAAAAGACCAGCAAGACAGGCAAAUCAGUAUACACAAUUACGUCGACAAGCAGUGAAAGAGCACACCAGCCCGUUUAAGCAAAUUCCAAACGAAAUACUCAUCAUCAUUUUUGAGUCUCUGGAUCAGUCUGAUCUAUAUCAUUGUUCUACAGUAACAAAACAUUGGAAUGAAUUAUUGACACCAAUAUUAUGGAGAUCGCUGCAACCAAACUACCGAAUCCUCAGAUGCAUACCUUCACUUGCUCUCAAUAUCAGUAAAAAGGUGACUCACCGUCAGAUGUCUCACUUUCCUUUGCACUUGUCACGGUAUGGACAUGCUGUAAAAUCUCUUGAUCUUCAAAGACUGGCUUUCGACGUUACCGAUAACACAAUUCGGCAUAUAGUUCGAUUUUGCCCACACCUGACAAGCCUGAAUUUGUCUGAUAGCCAAUUAAUUACAGACGAAGGACUUCGGUGCCUGGCCGGAUAUUCUUCAAUUAAGGUGCUCAUUCUUCAAAAUUGCCGAAAAAUCACCGACAUUGGAUUAUCGUACUUGAAAAGCGCCUGUCAUCAACUAGAGACAUUACAUUUAGGUGGUUGCAACCUGAUUUCUGAUAAUGGAAUAAUUGGGCUCGUGACAGCUUCCGGGAAUACCAUCCGACGUAUUAACUUGAGUGAUUGCAGCCAUGUGACUGGAUCAACCAUUCACGCGAUUGCUGGUGUAUGCGGCCCCAGACUUGAAUGGUUGGAUAUCAAAUGCACAAAAGCUAUCCGACAUACAGAUUUGGAAUAUCUGGUAACGCAUUGCCCCAACAUCUCAAGAUUGAACGUCUCAAUGAAAAAGAAGAGUUCACUUCGCGAAUUGCGUCACAGAUUAUCUCAGAACAACAGACGCACUCACAACAGAGCUCAUUUACAAGAAGAUUCCAAUGUCGAAGUAAGCGAUAUUAAUGAGGACAUGGAGAAUUAUCUUCAAAGAACGAGUACAAUGGAUGAAAGUAAUCCUUUGAAUGAGUUGAUCGACUUGGUACAUCGAUUGAAUGUACCGCUUGCUCUUACAGAUACAUCAGCCCAGCAUUAUCGUUCUCUCAUGGAAAAGCAAAAGGUUACUGAAUUUGUGUCCAAUCAUACUGUCGAAUUGAUCGCCUUGAAUUUGAAGAAAUUGGAACACUUGAACUUAUCUUAUUGGCCGUGUGUAGAUGAUAAAACAGUACUUAUGCUUUCCAUACACACUCGCUGCUUAACGUACUUGAAUCUAAUUGGAUGUCGCACUGUGACCAAGAAGGCCCUUAGGUACCUUUCUCGAAAAUCAACUUGUAAUACUUUGAGCGAUGUCAUGUUAUCCUCGCAUUCAUAUGAAAACGAUGACUCCUCGUGGACCUCUAAUUCGUCAUCUUCGGCCUCUUGCUCUUCUUCAUCCGAUGAGAAAAGCCCAAAAUUAUCACCAGUUACAAUGUCAAAGCGGUCUCAAAUCGCAACCCAAUUCUAGGCAUAACCCCACGUAAAAAAAAAAAAAAAAAAAGGCUGAAUUUUAUUUAUAUAUUUUUCGCAGCCCCAUUGUAUCUCAAGCUUGUAAUUUUAAUAUUUAUAUACAUAUUUUGCACACACACAUCCCCACACCACUUUUUUAUAUUUACCCUCCGCCCCGUUUCCUUGUACACACAUACUCACCCCCUCUCUUUGUUCUAUUAUUAUUUUUUUUAUCUACACCCUACAACGUUAUUAUUUACACAAUAAAACCAUGUUUAUUGUUUCAAACCUA